ACUCUGGGACAUCCCAUCAGAGGAUGAGGUCAUGAGGUCAGUGUGGUGCAGGAGGCGUGUCCUGAGUCCAAGGGUUCAAAUCCACAUGAAGCAGAGGUUGAGUUCAGUUGGUCUGGACUCCCAGUCCCACUCCAGCAGGUCCAGGUUUAACACUGACACACUGUUCACUCAGUCACACCCAACACUGACACUAACUCAACAUUCAUCUCUUACAGCUUUAUUUGUGGACACUUUGGGCUUUUUCAGCAAACAUUCUACAGACGUUUUGUGUUUGAUGUUGUGAUGAUUUAGUUCCAUGUCAGUCAGACCAACAGCUGGACUUUUUCUACCAGAUGUAUUCUAUGUCUAAUUGAACUGAGUUAUGACUGUUUCACAGACUAAGAGAAGGACGAUGGGAAACUCCACACAUUUGACACAUUUCAUUCUAUCUGCUUACUUUGACUCUAGGCUUGUGAAAUAUAUAUUUGUCAUGAUUCUUAUGACUUUAUAUGUUCUAAUGCUUGUGUCCAAUGUUCUGCUGAUUGUGGUUAUCUGUGUGAACAGAAGCUUACAUGAACCUAUGUACCUUUUUCUGUGCAGUUUGUUUGUUAAUGAACUGUAUGGUAGUACAGGGAUAUUCCCAUCUCUACUCAUUCACAUACUCACAGACAUUCACACUGUUUCUGUUUCACUUUGUUUCCUGCAGAUUUACUGUAUACACUCUUAUGGAAUAGUUGAAUUAUUAACCUUAGCCGUCAUGUCAUAUGACCGAUACUUUGCCAUCUGUCAUCCUCUACAGUAUAACACACAUAUGACCAGAAAAAGGAUUGCCACAUUACUUGCUGUGCCGUGGUUUUAUGGUUUUCUUGCUUGUACUGUCAUGAUUUCUUUAACUUUGUCAUUACAUCUGUGUGCAAACAUCAUCAGCAAAGUUUACUGUGAUAAUCAUUCAGUUGUCAAAAUGGCCUGUUCCGACAUAACCGCAGUUAAUAUUUAUGGACUUAUUAUUGCUUUUAUCAACAUUUCAGUUCCUCUGGUUUUAAUCCUCUACACCUACAUGAGGAUCCUUAAAGUGUGUUUUUCUGGAUCGAAACAGACCAGACAUAAAGCUGUCAGUACCUGUACACCUCACCUGGCUUCACUCAUAAACUUUACUCUCGGGGCCAGUUUUGAGAUCGUACAGACCCGGUUUAAUAUGAACCAUGUUCCCAGUACGUUGAGAAUAUUUUUGUCUUUAUAUUUUAUCACAUGUCAACCACUGUUUAACCCUUUAAUGUACGGUCUGAACAUCUCACAUAUCAGAAUCUGUUGUAAAAAGUUGCUUUUUGCUCAAAUGUAGAACAGCAGCAGUUUUACACAUGUGUAUCUGUGAAUAUUUUUUAUCUUAUACAGUGUAUGUAUAUCUGUACAUCCUUCUGAUUUCUUAUGGAA